AUGGUGACAUUCGCUUUCUCACCCAAUAGCAUUAGGAACGCGACUUUCUCCCCUCAUCCGAACGGCCAACCCUUGUACACACUCUCUACCGAUGUUCGGUCCAACAGCAAAACGACGAUCGCCAAUGCACAGACGGGCGCCGUCGUUGCCUACAUAGAGAGGAACGAGAUCCUCCCGGAUACAGUCAAGUUCUCCGGGAGAAACGAAGGGAAGAAGAUGAGAGUAUCCAAAUGGCUCGUUGCUGGGAAAACACCAGAUAAAUUCCCGGUGACGUUCAUGGAAACAAAACUGGGGAGGUGUAUCUGGAAAAGCGACCCGUCGUAUAGGCUGGCGCUAUUUCGUCCAGAUGAUGUGAAGUACGCAUCACCGAUCGCGCACAUUCAAAACGCCCAGCAGCAGCUCUUGCUACUGAUUGACGAUCAACUAUUCAAAGAAGACGAGGUGGUCUACACGAAUGACGAACAGAUGGUGAAUCUUGUGGACAUCCUCGCCGCCGUUUCAUAUCUAGAGGGCAAGCUGCGCGGUGGAGAUCGACCACCUAAUAUAGGGCAGGGGAUGGCUCAAGAAGCUCUUAUAAGCACUGCCAUGGGGACCCAGUGA